CUACAAAAUUACUAGUUUUAUUCCCAACUCCUGCAAAAUCAUAAGUGUUUUGCAAAAAUGUUGAAAAAAUUCGUGGAAGUUAACGCGGAUUGCAGUCCCUCUGCGAAUCCGUAUGAGGUUCGAACCUUUCUGGGCAACGAAACGUCGCCGGAAUGGAAGGCAGAAAACUGUCCGCCUCGCGAUCGCGUGUGCCAGAAGAAGCCAGCUAACUCCACGAUCUCCCAAGUACUGACCAUCGAAGAUGAACUUCGUCGCAUCCAUCAAAAGGCGGAGGAGUCUCGAUUCAUACGUCCCUUUAAGAAACAAUGUGCCUUGUACGAUGAGUACACCAUGUGCAUUAUACCGCAACGUACUCCGGCAGAGUUGAAAACUCACGCCGAGAUGCGAGAGCGCUUAUUGGCCGCUCGCAAGGAUUUUGGCCUAGUUGAGCACGACGCCAGAGUUGACAGGACAUGCCCCAAGGACUUGGUGGUUCUUAACAGUCCCAUGGACAUGGGCGAGGAAGAGCAACAGGCCGAGGAGGGUGAGGAAGAGGAGGAGGGGGAGGUCAAGCCACAACUAGCCACCCCAGAAUGCAGCUCGGAUAUGAUUAUUAUUCCAGAUAAACGCAUGCUGGAGCUAAAACGUCCCAAGAGUCGAAUCUACUUGAACGAGACCGAAGUUGGCCCCUUGGAGGAGUUACCUUUUCCUUCCUAUAAUCCGCGUGUCCUCCAAGAGGGCCUAGAGGGCGAGAACAUCAAGACCUUCGACAUUAUCGAAGGAUGCAGUCCACAGGAUUUGUGGACCUGGAAUGUGGGCUACCAGAAGAGGGAAGAGGAACUGGAUCAGGAGUUUAUCCAAGCCUCCCUGCCCAAAUAUGAAAACGACGGCGAACUCACGCUCUAUAAUAUACCCCAGCAGCUGGAAAAGACUUUCACGGCGGAAAUUGUGUUUGGAAAUCGAAAUAUCUAUCCCGAACCAAAGCUUGAAUCUAACCGAUUGCAAUACUAUAAUCGGCCAAGUGAAAUUGGGGCCAUCAUAAUAGCCUUCGUGGAGACCUUUCGUUUGAAUCCCGAUUUCUGGACAGGAGGCACUAUGGACGGUAUCCUUAAGCGCGGUGUGAAGUUAACCAAAAAAAGCGCCGACCUAAACUACAAGUCACAGACGAACGACUUUGAUAUUAUCGAACAGGUAGUUGAACGAGACGCUGCCGUGGAGAUUAAGAUCCACUUUUCCGGACUGUUAAAAAACGAACCAAAUAUGUAUAAGGCUCUGUCGCUAUUCUUUUCAAAAUACAAUGCCUGCAUCUUUACAUCCCGGGAUCUCUACCUGUUGAUUUGGAAACGUUGCCUAAACUCUUACUAUAUCUUUGAUCCCAAUGGAAGGGAUGAAAACUGUGAACGGGAUUUUGAGGAAGGAAAGUGCUCACUGAUGGCCACUCGUUUUACAGAGCACUUGGUGCAUCUGAUCACCAAGUUCAGUGAUCUCCAGCCACAGGAUGAGUUUAAUAUCUUUGAAAUUUCCUUGAUUCAGUAUGGUAAGCUAAAGGAAGCACCAAUUGCACCAGCAGAGAACGAGGAGUAUCAUAAACUCUGGGCGGUGGUCAACGAGAACUUUGCGGUGAAAACUGCAGGAACGGGUGGAAUACACCAGCCCAUCUCAGGAAAUGAGAAGAAUGCCUCGUUGGUUGUAUCCUUGAUAGCCUUGAUUUACUCAGAAUUCGAGCUGGCUAAACUGUGGAAACCCGAAACAGUAGAUGAUAUCAUAAGGUAUGGUGUUGCCUACUACAAGACUCUGCGAAAGAAGUUUCGGCUGGAUGGUAAACGCUGGAAGAACAAGAAGCCCCAUUUGAACGUUGUGGAUCUACCGGAAAUGUUCCUAAUGGGUGCUUUUAAAGCCACGGUUCGCAAGCAUCCCUUUAUGAUCAAUGGUCAUGUGGCGGAUUGCAGGAACUAUUUGGAAUCCCAGCUUACGAUGGCCCUGCAUCAGUUGUUCAACAUGCCCCAGUGGCCUUCGGCGCUGCUCCAGAUAGAUAAUUCAGUGAUGGCUGUUUGGCGGGACAGGGAAUUCUUUUACGUUUUCGAUCCUUUCAGGAGAAAUCGAACGGGUCUGGUCGUGGAUCCAGAUGAUUAUACCAUCAAGGGUCUAGCUGUACUGCAGAUACACGCCACCUUCGAUUCCUUUGUCCGCGUGAUCUACAUGAAUGCCUUGAAGAUGCGACGUGGUGGCAAAUUCUUCAUCCAUGGCAUUCGGACAGGCUGUAUCCGACCUUUGCAGGUGAUGACCCCGCAGACGAACAAAUUCCCCGGUCUACAGAUGGGCCUGCCCACAUUCACAGAUGAGCCACCGUUGCCAGAGUUGAAGCAGAAGAAGAGCAUUGAAAGCAUUCCAGAGGAGGAUCGCUUCCCCACGGUGGAUGAAAAGGAGAUGGCUCAGGAGUUGAUAAACAUGAUCAUCAAUAUGAUUAUUAAAGAACUGCCAGAGCCACAAACCAAGAGGCCAAAUCUCUACAAGCCUGCGCAAAAGGUACUUCUACGUACAGAUCAGGAGAAUCUCAAGGCCCUAAGACUGAAGAUUAAGCGAGGCUAUGAGCUUGGCCAGGAGGAGGAGGAAGAUCUGAAGAGGGUUCUCACGGUGGAGGAAGAGCUAGCUCUUAAAAGCAACUUUAAUGCGUUACCAGAUGGCUCCUGGAUCAUUAUGGGCACCACGCAACUUCCUCAGUUGGAUGAGGAAAUGGCUAAACUCGGAGGACUCCUGGCUGGCUUGGUGGCCAUGGCUGUGUCCUCGAAGUACAAACUAUCCACCUGGAAUGCUGACUUAAUUGAGUUCUCACUGGAAUCAGCGAACAGCUUUGGUGAAGAUUACCAGAACUACGAAUACAUCUUGGCCUGUCUUUUGGCCAAGAAGCUACCUGAUAUUGCCAUCGGCGAGAGCAACUUCAGUUUGGAGGUAAAGAAGGUGGUCAAGUCCUCGAUGAUGGUACCUCUCCGCCAGGUUCUAGUGGAUCUUUUGGUGGAUAAUAACAGACUACUCCUCGUGUGCCAGCGUUUCUCCUGCGUGAUAUUUAAGCGUUAUAACUUUGUGUAUAUGUUCAUUGGAUUCCCCUGCAAUGCCAUUGGUUAUAGGAAAGGUGGUUCUGGGCCAGCUUGUCUCCUUCGUUUCCUGGAACUGGAUGCUCUGAUCAAGCGUAUUGAAUUUGGCUGCAAUCCUCAGGGCUGUUCAGUGAUGAACUUCAUCGUGGCCUGCAUCCAAAUGGUGGAUAAUAAUCUUCAUGGCCGUUUCCGUCCCUGGGGCAAGGCUGAUGAUGACAAGGAGGUUAAACAGGAGACGGCGAGGCAGAAGAAGCUGCGUGAUCAACGGUUGGAGAAGAUGCGUUACAUCGAUGAGGAGCUCAGGAAGGAGAACGAACGCAUCCAGUUGUUCCUCAAGGCCAAACAGGAGCACAUGGACCGCAAGGCGGGAAUUAAACCCGAGUACAAAGACAUUGGCAUCGACGAGGCCGAAGGCGAAGAGGGCGACGAGGAAGAGGACAUGCUUGGCGAUGAGGAGGGCGAGGAGGAAGGCGAAGGCGAGGAAGAGGUGGAGCUGAAGCACCGUCCUGGCAAGAAGCUACCAAAGGAACUUCGCCGUGCCUACAAGCCACGUCCCAUCAUGUUUGGCUACAGAAUGCGAGAGAAGGACUGCAACUUCAAGAUCCAAGGCAGCCUGGCACUCGAGGGCCGUGAUGAGGGCUCCUUCAAGACGAUCAAACCGUGCUACUUCGCAUCCGCCCUGGCCAUCAUCAGUUGCUCUCUGCGGCCUUUGAACCAAUGGAACUCUUACCGGAUCGAUAGGGUGAUCAACAAUGCCAAGACGAUUGCCACGGGUGUCUGUGAACUGGAAUCUGUGUUUGAACGGGUCGUUCGCCACGUUACCAUCGAUGAUUACGAAUUUGAUAUCUGGAUCCGGUGCUUUGAGCCGGCGGGCAUGUGGACACCAUCACCGGUAAAGAAACCAGGUAGUCCGGAAGUGGGUCUAAUGCUUUUCAAGAAGAAGUUUGGCAAACUGCUUAAUUUGCGGAAAUACAUGAUCAUCUUUACGCCCAAUGGAAGUUAUGCCAUCUAUCACGACGAGUUCUUCCAUCUGUUUGAUCCCUAUGGCAGUAUGGAGAAACCAGGGGGAGAUGAGGAGCAGGAGGACGACGAUGGUGAUGAGGAGGGUGGAAAGAAAAAGAAACGUUGUCCUAAGGGACCAAAGCGAUGGCCCGAAAGAAACACCGCCUCAUGGGUUCUCCUCUAUGAUAUAGAUUCCUUGCUGAAGUACAUUGACGAUCGAAGUGCCGCUAAGAACUGGAAGGAGAAGAACCUGUAUAAGUUCUUCGUCGUUGAUGUCCUGUCCCACAAGAAGGCGGCACCGAAUGCCAGAAUCCUCCAACUGCUUACCGAUCUCUCGAUACCGAUGACAUGCAGCAAUAAGCAGUACGGAAGUCCAGAGUAUGAGAUCUGCGCCACCAAUGAAUCCCUUGGAUGGCUGGAAUUGGAGAACUGCCUGCCCGUGUGGAGCAGGUUGAACCGCCGAAAUACGGCGGGCAAGUAUCGCAAUCUGCCUAUCAGCAAGAUCAAGAAGUUCGACAUCGAGAUCGAGGGUCGUUUGUGGUCUUUGUGGGGCAAUCUCCAUCCGGAGGCUCCAGUCUUCGACGACGAGGUCAGAGGUCGUCAGUAUCUGGGUUGCUAUGUGAUGGCCUGUUGUGCAGCCAGUGUGUAUCGGUUAAUGGACUGGAGUCCUCAUCUCCUGGACACCAUUGUAGUCAGCGGAAAUACGUACUUCAAGGAGAGCAUCGAUCAGAUCAGCAAGGAGGACUACGAAUUCUCGCUGGAGAAUCUCAAUAUCGACUGCUCCAUGGACACCAUCAACUUUGUGGUGCACAUCGAGCAUGUGUGCUAUGGAAAACUUUACAGGGCGCCCACUUUCAACCGUAUGAAUCUCUCCGAGGCUUUGAUCUACUUCUUCAGUCACUAUCAGUUUGGAAUAAUCAGUGUGCGGAAGAGGUCACUGGCCAUUGGCUUCUGUCCUGGUCACGACGGUGGUUACUUCAUGUACGAUUGUCAGGAGAAGGACCAUCCACUAUUCCCCAAGCAACAGGGUGCCUCUUAUAUGCUGCGCACCCGACAUCUCCAGGUGCUGCUCUACUGUGUGGUGGUCACCCUGAAUGUACCAUUCUACAACAUCGACUUUAGCAUCCACAAGGUUGAGAUGCUGCGUGAAGGAGCCACCGUGGAGAACGAGGAGGAGGAGGGCGGCGAAGAGGCUGCCUUUUAAAGAAUAUGAAUAGGAGGAGAUUCUUUUGGUAUUCGUUGGGUCACAGGCUAAGAUUCUAGUUUAUAAUUGUUUGAAUAAUAUGAUUGGUAUAAAUAAAGAUUUUUCUAUAUA